UCUUUUCAACCGCUAGCGGGGCGCGGGGUUCGAAGCCAGGCUGGCUGGCUCGGGAGGAAAGGGGCGCGGAGGGAAGGACUAGCUAAGGCGUCCCUUGACUCUUCCAGGUAGAUUCUUUAGAACCUUUUUUAUUCUCCCUCCCCACCGCCGCGUCCCGGAGUGCUUUGAUUCUUUCGACUCAGUUCUGAGCUUUAAAGCGCAACUGGGAAAAGAUUAAGCGUGCGCUUCAGAGUAGAGGAGAAGCGGAGCAAACGCAGAGGAAAGCGGCCGGAGGGAAAGGGAGAGAAAGGAGCCUUAGCGCAGGAAGAGAGUGACCCGAAUCGUCCCGACUAGAGGGAGGCACGCCCGGAGGGAGCCGGCCGCUUUAAGGACAGCCCCGCCCCCUGCCUGACGCGAACGCAGUCCGGCCUGCGAUUGGUGGAGGCCGGAGGGCGGGAUGGGGUUGCUAGGCGCGGAGGGGAUCCGGCGGGCCCCGGCCUCCCGGAGCGCCGAGCCGCGGGAGCGGAUCCGAGCUUAGCCGCGCUGCUGGAAGAUGGCGAGCGCCUGGGACGCGCGGCCGCCCAGGCGGCCAGGGCGCCUCCCGCUGCUGCUGUGUCUGCUGCUGCUGCUGCUGCCAAGCCCGGCCCGAGCAGCUCACAUCAAGAAGGCGGAGGCGACGACGACGACGGCGAACGCGGGCGCCGAGGCGGCCGAGGGCCAGUUUGACCGCUACUACCACGAAGAGGAGCUGGGCUCGGCGCUGAGGGAGGCGGCGGCCGCGGGGCCCCCGGGCCUGGCGCGCCUCUUCAGCAUCGGCAGCUCGGUGGAGGGCCGGCCGCUGUGGGUGCUGCGUCUCACGGCCGGGCUGGGACCGCCGCCCCCUGGCAGCGACGCGGGGCCGGAUGCGGGGGGGCCGCUCCUGCCCGGCCGGCCUCAGGUGAAGCUGGUGGGCAACAUGCACGGCGACGAGACGGUGUCGCGCCAGGUCCUCAUCUACCUGGCCCGCGAGCUGGCGGCUGGAUACCGCCGCGGGGACCCGCGCCUCGUCCGCCUGCUCAACACCACCGACGUGUAUUUGCUGCCCAGCCUCAACCCGGAUGGGUUCGAGCGCGCCCACGAGGGCGACUGCGGCUUUGGCGACAGUGGCCUUUCCGGGGGCAGCGGCCGCGACAACAGCCGCGGCCGCGACCUCAACCGCAGCUUCCCGGACCAGUUCGGCACCGGGGAGCCGCCGUCCCUGGACGACGUGCCCGAGGUGCGCGCCCUCAUCGACUGGAUCCGCAGGAACAAGUUUGUGCUUUCUGGAAAUCUGCAUGGUGGCUCUGUGGUAGCAAGCUAUCCUUUUGAUGAUUCUCCAGAACACAAGGUCACUGGACUCUAUAGUAAAACCUCAGAUGAUGAAGUCUUUAAAUACUUGGCAAAAGCCUAUGCUUCUAACCACCCCAUAAUGAAAACUGGUGAGCCACAUUGUCCAGGAGAUGAAGAUGAGACUUUCAAAGAUGGAAUCACAAAUGGUGCACAUUGGUAUGAUGUGGAAGGGGGUAUGCAAGAUUACAACUAUGUAUGGGCCAACUGUUUUGAGAUCACAUUAGAACUAUCUUGUUGCAAGUACCCACCUGCUUCACAACUUCGACAAGAAUGGGAGAACAAUCGUGAGUCUCUGAUCACAUUGAUUGAAAAGGUACAUAUUGGAGUUAGAGGGUUUGUUAAUGAUUCAGUAACACGAUCUGGCUUAGAGAAUGCGACUAUCUUUGUGGCUGGUAUUGGUCAUAAUAUCACAACAGGCAGAUUUGGUGAUUUCUACAGAUUACUUGUUCCUGGAAUAUACAAUAUCACAGCAGUUUUAAUUGGGUAUAUGCCACUGACUAUUAACAAUAUAGUCGUGAAAGAAGGACAAGCCACAAAGGUGAAUUUUUCCCUUCGACCAACUACUAUCCCAGUAAUCCUUGACACAACUCAGGCAACAGUAACUGCCAGUACAGUAGCUAUACUUAAUGCUCCUUCUGGAACAAAAUCCUUCCACGAACCGAUUCAGCCCAAGGACUUUCAUCACCACCAUUUCCCUGACAUGGAAAUCUUCCUGAGACGGUUUGCCAAUGAAUAUCCUAAUAUCACCCGGCUUUACUCAUUGGGAAAAUCUGUAGAGUCGAGAGAACUUUAUGUAAUGGAAAUAUCUGAUAAUCCAGGUGUCCAUGAACCAGGUGAGCCAGAAUUUAAAUACAUUGGAAAUAUGCAUGGAAACGAAGUGGUUGGAAGAGAAUUGUUAUUGAACCUCAUCGAAUACCUUUGUAAGAACUUUGGAACUGACCCUGAAGUAACAGAUUUGGUUCGUAACACUAGAAUUCACCUUAUGCCAUCCAUGAAUCCUGAUGGAUAUGAAAAAGCCCAGGAAGGUGACACAAUAAGUGUGAUUGGCAGAAAUAACAGCAAUAACUUUGACCUGAACCGAAAUUUCCCAGACCAGUUUUUUCAGAUUACUGAUCCUACCCAACCAGAAACUAUUGCCGUAAUGACUUGGAUGAAGGCCUAUCCGUUUGUACUGUCAGCAAACCUGCAUGGAGGUUCUUUGGUGGUUAACUACCCUUUUGAUGAUGAUGAACAAGGGGUUGCCAUAUACAGUAAAUCACCAGAUGAUGCUGUGUUUCAACAAAUAUCUCUUUCUUAUUCCAAGGAAAAUUCUCAGAUGUUUCAAGGUAGACCUUGCAAGAAUAUGUACCCUAAUGAAUAUUUUCCUCAUGGAAUAACAAAUGGAGCUAAGUGGUAUAGUGUCCCAGGUGGUAUGCAGGACUGGAAUUACGUACAAACAAAUUGUUUUGAAGUGACUAUUGAACUAGGUUGUGUGAAAUAUCCAUUUGAGAAAGAUCUACCAAAAUUCUGGGAACAGAAUAGAAGAUCUCUAAUCCAAUUCAUGAAGCAGGUUCACCAAGGUGUCAAGGGAUUUGUUCUAGAUGCCACAGAUGGCGUGGGUAUAUUAAAUGCCACUAUAAGUGUUGCUGAAAUCAAUCAUCCAGUAACGACUUACAAAACAGGAGAUUAUUGGCGUCUCUUGGUUCCAGGAACUUACAAAAUCACUGCAUCAGCUCGGGGGUAUAAUCCACUUACCCAGAAUGUCACUGUCAAGAAUGAAGGAGCUACUGAGGUCAACUUCACACUUGUACGAUCUUCAACAGAUUCAAACAAAGAGUCAAAGAAAGGACAUGGGGUUAGCACCCACACCAAUGAUGUCAGUGAUCCAACCACCAAAGAGUUUGAAACUUUAAUUAAAGACUUGUCAGCUGAGAAUGGUUUGGAAAGUCUCCUCUUAAGCUCCUCCUCAAAUCUGGCUCUUUAUAGAUACCAUUCUUACAAAGAUUUAUCAGAGUUUCUGAGAGGACUGGUGAUGAAUUAUCCACAAAUUACAAAUCUCACUAAUUUGGGGCAGAGCACUGAAUAUCGUCAUAUUUGGUCCCUUGAAAUCUCCAAUAAACCCAACGUCUCUGAGCCUGAAGAACCGAAGAUUCGUUUUGUUGCUGGCAUCCAUGGAAAUGCUCCAGUUGGAACUGAAUUGCUUUUGGCUUUAGCAGAAUUUCUUUGCCUAAACUACAGAAAGAACCCAGCUGUUACCCAAUUGGUUGACAGGACUAGAAUUGUGAUUGUCCCUUCUCUAAAUCCAGAUGGGCGAGAGAGAGCACAAGAGAAAGACUGUAAUUCAAAGACAGGGCAAGCGAAUGCUCGUGGCAAAGACCUGGACACAGACUUUACAAAUAAUGCAUCCCAGCUUGAGACAAAAGCCAUUAUUGAAAAUUUGAUCCAAAAACAGGACUUCAGUCUUUCUGUUGCUUUAGAUGGUGGUUCAGUGCUGGUUACAUAUCCUUAUGACAAGCCAGUACAAACAGUGGAAAACAAAGAAACUUUGAAGCAUUUGGCAUCUCUUUAUUCAAAUAAUCAUCCAUCAAUGCACAUGGGUCAGCCUGGUUGUCCAAAUAAGUCAGAUGAGAAUAUUCCAGGAGGAGUAAUGCGUGGAGCGGAAUGGCACAGUCACCUCGGCAGCAUGAAGGACUACAGUGUCACUUAUGGUCACUGUCCAGAAAUCACAGUUUAUACAAGCUGCUGCUACUUUCCCAGUGCAGCCCAACUCCCUUCCUUGUGGGCUGAAAAUAGAAAGUCUCUUCUUAGCAUGUUGGUGGAGGUUCACAAGGGAGUUCAUGGAUUUGUUAAAGAUAAGACUGGAAAACCCAUCUCUAAAGCAGUCAUAGUUCUCAAUGAAGGUAUAAAAGUACACACAAAAGAGGGAGGCUAUUUUCAUGUACUGUUAGCCCCAGGUGUCCAUAACAUCAAUGCCAUAGCUGAUGGUUACCAGCAGCAACAUUCACAGGUCUUUGUGCAUCAUGAUGCAGCUAGUUCUGUGGUGAUAGUCUUUGAUGCAGAUAAUCGGAUAUUUGGUUUGCCAAGAGAGCUUGUGGUAACUGUAUCAGGUGCCACCAUGUCGGCAUUGCUCUUAACAGCUUGCAUUAUUUGGUGCAUCUGCUCAGUCAAAUCCAACAGACACAAGGAUGGCUUCCAUCGUCUCAGGCAACAUCAUGAUGAGUAUGAAGAUGAAAUUCGCAUGAUGUCAACUGGCUCCAAGAAGUCACUCUUAAGCCAUGAAUUCCAGGAUGAAACAGACACUGAAGAGGAAACAUUAUAUUCUAGUAAACAUUGAAACACACACCUUGCUAUCUCCCAGCAUAAGUACCAAGCAAAAUUACAGUUCCUUUUGGGAGCCACUGCAUAAGAAGAGAGACUAUCUUACUUCUCCAAAGAGCUUUGGGAAGUUAACUUGCUAAAUUUGUAUUCUCUGUGAAUGUUGGCUGGCAGUUUUGAACUUCCCCUUAAAAGUACUCUUACCUUUUAAAAUAUCCUAGCUUUCUAUUUAUGCAGCAGAGAUGGGACAGCCACUUUUUUUUUUAAUGAACUGUUUGAAGCUUAUGCUGUAACUGCAUAAAGCCAACUAGUGAAUUUUGUUUUUUGCACAUCAGAUACUUACUAUUGACUUUAGCUCUUUUUUUUUCUUUUUUUCUUUUUUGCUUUAGGUAGCCAAAAGAAUCCAGAAACAUUAAGGCAGGGAUAGCAGUCAGAAUCUGACAUAAAGCUUUAAAAAAAAAAAAACAACUUGGUUUUCUCAACCUUUUGAAGAGUACUUUGCUCUAGUUAUUGAAAAGCUGGAGUUUCUCUUGUUAUUCAGGUUUAAUGGAGGCUUAAUUGAUCUUUAAAUAUAUAUAGAGAACAUUAGGAAAUAAAUAAAUGAGCUUCUGCAUUUAGUUUUUACCUAUUCCAAGGUUAGAUCAGAACUGAUGGGUUAUGCUGUAAGCAGGAUUUCACUACCUCUCUUGUAAGUUUUUAGUAAAGCUCUAAAUAUCCCCAUUUUAAAGGAAGAACUUAAUGACUUUGUUGUAAAAGAUCUAAAUGUCCAUUUGAAUGGCACUGAGAGGGAGAUUUAGCAAAAGCUAAAACUCAAUGUUGCCUAUCAUUGAACUUGGUAAAACCCACAGGUGGUGCUGCUUUUAUCUGUGAAGCACUAGUUUAUUCUAAGAAUGCCUAAUUCUUUAAUAUUUCCUAAAUUUGAAGCUUUUUCUAUGUUGUAUACUUACGGUUUUCAGAUGACCCAGCAAUCUACAAGAUCUGAAUUCUACCGAAAAUAUCUGGCAGUGUGGAAGAGUCGUGCUUGUACAUUCUCAACUACAUUUGAACACAAAAAUACUUCAUCCUCCAGCCCAAGUCUAUGCCCUGUUAAUAACAUAAUGUUACUGAAGUAGCUUGACCAGUCUUAUCCUUAUAGGAUUCUGCAAGUGACUGGGUCUUUGUCCUAAUGUUUAAUUUGAUAGUCUGUUUUUUAUUUUCUUCAGCCUAUUUUGUUAAAUGUUUGGUUGAAAGCAUUUAAUGAUGGCUCCCUCCAUUUAAAAUUAAAAAAGUAAACUAUGAACUGCUGUAUGAUAUAACAAUGAUAAGAAAGUGUCAUCUUCACUGCCAGUCAGGUUAUUGCAAAGACCUGAAAGAUUCACAUUUUACUGUAUCAUGCUACUUAGUAGAAAUGAUGCUUUUUGUAAGUGUGUUAGUAAUGGUUUGGUGGAUUAAUAACUUUGAAUGUUUCGAUGGUCAAGUGCUGCUGAACUUGUACUAUAUCAGGGGAUCAAAAACUGCUCUCGUCUUCUCAAAUUAUGUUCUGUAUCCCAACAAUGAAUGAACCAUGGCCGAGCCUCUGUGGAGGAGUAUCCACCACCCAUGUAGGUCAUUCAUCGCAAUUUUUGUGAGAAAAUUUUUGUGGCUUUUUUAGAAAAAGCUUUGGCUGAGCAAGAAUAAUAAAAUCAUGGUGUCUGUCUGUGAAUAUCCAUGAUAAACUUGGGUGGUUCAAAAUUAAGAUAUACUGCUAUUGAUACUGUUAAUAGCAACUCUAAAUUUUGAGGCCUUGUCAUCUUACUUUACAUGUACACAGAACAGAGUUUGUGGUGUGCUAAUACUUAAUGGAAUAUACAUUAUUUAACUUCUGAUACUUUAAGGGAAUGCUACAGUGGUAUUCUCUUCAGCUUUACUUUAAGACUGCAAAGUUAGGGAACAAAGGGCCUGGGUGUGGUUGGUCUUGUUUGGGACAUUGCAGGUAAAAAAUGAAAUAAAGUUUAUGUGAUAGCUUUUGCCUUGUUAGCCCUGGUUUUCACUAAAGGAUGCCUUUUACAUUCAUCUCUCUCUUGAAUCAAUCAUGUCUUUAGCUGUAUAUCCCAGUGGUUAAGAGGCCAGGCCUUUUAAAUGUGCAUCAUUUUCUUAAUAAAAUACACAAAUAGUCCUCUUAAUUUUUCCUAAAAGGAAAGCCAAAUUCUGCUUUAGAUUUUGAAUCUUUAAUGAAUUUCAAAAUAAUGCAUUCUGUGAGAAAACAAGGCCCUUAUAGUCUGUGUUACCUAUUAACAUGAAUGUGUGGGAUCAUGACUACUGUGUUCUCAACCCUGCUUCAUCUUUUAUUUGUGGAUCUAAUUUAACAUUAGACCAUAUUAACUGUUUAAGGCAUUGAAGCCAUACGUGAUAGAGAAUGCAUUUCUUCAGAGUUUUUCCUAGACUUUCUAUUCCCUUGGAGUCAUGGAAGCCAGUAAGUACAGUAUUAAGAAAUUUGCCCAGAUCUGAAUUGUGCCUUUCUUUACUCACAAGGCAUAUUCUUUGUCCUCGUGAUCAGUUUGUAAGCCUUCUUUCCUCCCAGCUCCUUAAUAAAAGCUAAGUGAGUGACUGAGUAGGUGCUGUUUAAGUAUUUGUAAACGUACCUGAUUAUGCAGUUCAAUAAGAUGAACUCAAGUUCAUCUCAAAAGGAAAGACCUUUUAGUUUUCUUGUAUUUUGCUGGAAUUUGAGAAAGACUGGAAUCACAUCCAGUUGAGGAGUGCUUGCAAUUCUUAUUGAAAGGAGUUUCCUUUGGUUCAUUGUCAUCCUCCAUAAAGUAAACAAUGUAUAUGUUAUUAACUGUGACUGGUUAAUCUUUGAUGACUUGCACCUGAAUGGGAUUUGCUGAAAUGGUGAAUACUGAAUAUAGAACUAAUUAGGAGUUGACAAAUAAAAGGUAGUACAUAUGCCUGAGCUUAUUGUGUUUCUGAGCUAACACCAGGUUACUCAGUAACCAUGAUCUGUGUCUCUAUUUCCAUUUAUUCUCAGCAGUAAAUAGCUUUAUUUUCUUGUUGCCAGAAUUGCACUUGUGCCAGGUUUUAUCCCUAAUGUAUUAAAAGCUUCUUGGCUAUGAAUGCUGUAAUAGUGCCCUAUGUUGUGUUUCUCUGGUGGAAUUGUUUUUAACAGUAGUAACUAUUUUCUUACACCAAAAGUUCCCCUUGACUGAUGUUUAAUGACUUCUGUCUAGUAAUUGUUUGAUAACACUUUGGGUUUCUGAUUUGUUUUAAUUAAAGAAAAACUUUAGGGCCUUUGAUUAAUGUUGGAUUUCUAAUUCACGAAGAAGAAAUUAUUCUCAAUACCAAAUUGUUUUUAUUUUUUUAGCAAUAGUUAGUAUAUUUGACUGUCAGAAUAUUGCCCUAGUUGAUUUUGAUUUAACAGAUACAUUAUGAAAUUUGGGCCUAGAUGACUUUGAUUUGACACAUGUAUCAUUAAACUUGACAGUAGCCUACCAUUUGAGGCCAGUGGAUAUGAAGUUUGUACAUAUGCAGUUAUGAUGUUUAUAGAUGGCAUGACAUGAGUUUACUAACUACAUUCUGUGCUGACUAUGUUGCAGAUUUUCUGGAGCUAUAACAUGGCAUUUUUUUAUGCUCAGAUUAACAAUCAACUUUUCAUGUCUCCAUUUUUUUUUAAAUGACACUCCCCAGCUCCAAAACAAUCUGUAGCUGCUUAUAUGAGGUAUCCAACACUCAUUCAUCUCAAGUGCUUCAGUUUUUGGUUUAUUUCAUGCACUGUGCCUUUAAAAUGAAAUUUUUAAAAGGGACUUAAAAUGAAGUUGAAUAGUAGUUUUAAAAAGUCAAUCUGUAUAAUUUAUGUGAAAUCUAACUGUAAUGAGGUCCUUCCUGGUUUUUUAUAUGUAAACAGAUCUACUAAUCAUGUAUAAAGUUUAUUUUAUGAUGUA